UUUAGAACCCAGUUUAAAAGAUUAUUCAGUUUCUUAGGAAACAUUACCUUGAACGUAAAAUCACACUCAGUAAUCCAUUAAGAAGCCGACAAACCAUUGUUCUUCCGAUCGUUGACUGAUUAACUUAUUCUCAAAACAUUAAAACAUUCACCGCGAAAUCUACUGUUGAACAAGAUAAAUCAUGGCGCUUCAUGAACUAAUGCUAACGCUCUUUCUCUUCAGUAAACUUUCUCCGUCCACAGCCGAUAUUGAAGCAGGUUCUCAAGUUUGGGAGGCAAAGGAGAAUUUUCAGUUCGGUAUUGCAGAGGGAAAUGUAGAGGUAGAGUGUUCUUUACUUUGUUAUGAUUUUAAGCAGGUGAUAGAGCAGAACACGGCAAAAGAUCUUCCUUUGAAAGAUCGCGCAGUAGUAGUCUUUCAGAGUGUGUUUUUUAAUUGGUUUGGGGCUUUUAUUGGGUUUUAUCUCUCAAAUGUUAAAUCGAUUGACAUGCUGCCAACAACUUUUAUAUGUUUUUAUGUUUGGUUUACGAUGUUUUCCAGAUAUGAUGAAGACAUUGAAAUUGUUGCUGGAGCUGUUCCUAAGUUUGGCCGCCUGGUUGUUUGGGACAGUUCUGUUUCCUACCUUCCAAGGCCUCCCAGCAUUGCUUUCAAGAAAGGCCAACUGCUUCUGCAUGUUCAGUUCUCAAAAUCAAAAGAAAAAAUGCUGAAGAGCUAUGCAGAUGUAGCUGCAUCAAAAGCUAUACGUCAGGCUGCAUAUGAUGCUGGUUUUAUCGGCAGCGAUAAGCCAGUACCAAAUGACACUGACAUUGAGAAGAGUUUUGUCUCGAGUUCUAAAUCACUAGAAGGAAAGGAGAUCCAUGUGUUUGAUGACCUGUUUGAAAAGGAAGAUUUGGAUCGGUUGCGAGCAUUCAUUUUCAAGCAUGGCACAUAUUAUUAUGAUGAUAGUGAUGAAGGUGAUGAUGACAGCGACAAUGUCCAAUGGAUCGCAGGGUUUGAGAUUGAUGCAUAUAUCAAAAGUAGACUGUGGAACAUUAUGCAGCAGACGUUAAAACAUAUAACAGGGCGCGACAAGUGGUUCCCUUACGACAUCUCCUGUAACUUGAUCAGGAGUGCAGACCACACCCGUAUACACCAAGAUUGUGAGCCACAUGAAGAUGAAUGGACAUACCUGAUAUAUCUAACACCAAACUGGACAAAGAAUGACUAUGGAGAAACAGCUUUCUAUGAGACAAUGACAAAUGAUAACGAGAUUAUCACUGAGGUGCGACCUAAAUACGGAAGGGCUGUUGUCUUUCAAGGAAUCAUUCCUCAUUCAGCAAGGCCGCCCAGCACAAACCAAUCACAUGCUCGCCUCACCUUUGUUGCCAAAGUGUCUGUGGAUGAGUUUGUGGGCCGACACAAGGCAUUCAGAGAGGAAAUGAGGCACUAUCAGGGUCUGGUGGAAUCAGAGAGUAUGCUAGAUGCAAUAGAACGAGGACUAGAUUUUGACCCAGAAGCUGAGGAAACCGAGCCUCGUGAUGAGAUGUCAGACGACAGAGGAGACUCAGAACCUGACGAUGAAAUGGAAGAAGAGGAAGAAAAUGAAGAGAAACCCAUCAAGAUAGAAAAAGAAGCUGAAGAAAGAGUUAUACACGAGGAGCAACCAGACCACCCAGUCCUUCAAGAACUAAACUCGCGUCUGGACGCAGUCGCGCAAAGUGGGGGCCUGGAUCAGAUGAGAAAUCUUCACCGAGAAUUACAUGCAAGACAUGUCACGGCACGACGAGAGGCUGUAAAACGAAUUACAAAUCUUAUCUGAGGUAUAAAGAAGUUUGGUAGUGUAAAUAUGGAAAUAAACACAACGUAGUAUCAACGGUGAAAGUGUUUUGGUUGACUGACGGAAAGUGAACAUGUGUUUGUAAGUAACUCAGUCAAGCUGUGUCUUACGAAGAUAGACGUUGAAUGGCCGAAAUCGAACAGUAAAGUCGAAAUCAGGCGGAACUUUCCGAAAUCGGACGAAACUGAAAAAUGCACUCGUUUACAGCCAAUCAGACACGCGUGAUUUUUUUCAUGUCUAUAAUUAAACUACCAACAAUUAUUUCUCUAAUGGACGCUUUUUAGUUGACUAAAGUUUCACCAAAUUUUGAAAUAUUCCUUAACAAAAGUUUUAUGGUCGAUAAAAUUCUUUUGCGAACCGAAAUGAUUUUAAUGCUUAUAAAAUAGUGAUUGAAGAUGUCUAGGUAGUUUUUCCAGACAUUUUCUUCGUUCUUGUUUAGAAAGCUUGUUCUUUCUUGGGAUACUUGAAUGCGCCAGUAUUAUAUCUAGUAACCAGGCCUUUUUCUAACUGAAGUGGGACCGCGCUCGGUGCCAUGGAGAUGUUACUCCCUUACUUGAAUGUUGCCACCACAGGCAGACUACACUACGUGUUUGUAGUUAAUAAUUGUUGACAUGUGACGACAAAAUCUAUUAGAGUUAUGAAUAAAAUUGCAUAUCUAAAUUA